CAUCCCACUUCUCACGACAGAAACUGCUGAGACACAGGAGGAAGUUCUGGAAAAACCCAAAGUUUGGACACAAGUACUGGAGGAAGGUGCUUCCGGAGGUCAAAAGAAGAAAGUAGAUGUGAGCCGACCAACAACAGUUUUGAAGGGGGAUGAUAUUUACAUGCUUGUUGGAGUCUACAAUAGAGUUGCCGCUCCUCGACAGGAUGCCAAGCCUGACGCGGCUCAAUUGGGACUUUUGCUGGUGAAAGGGAGCGUCAAUAGUGGUGGGGAUACAAAUAGCAAGAAAAUUGACUGGGAAGUUACUGAAAGUUCCCCGCAAAGACUUUUUGGCACACAGCUCGAUUCCUGGACAAGGCUGAUUGGAAGCGGUGGAUCGGGUGUUAAGAUGAAGGACGAGACUCUUGUGUUUCCUGUGGAAGGCACGAAGAAGGCGGCGGAGGGCACUGUAGUGGAUGUGAAGACUGUCUCACUGAUCAUACAGUCGAAGGAAGCUACGGAUUGGACGCUGUCGAAGGGGAUGUCUGACGGUGGCUGCAGUGACCCCUCCGUCGUGGAGUGGGAGGAGGGAAAACUCAUCAUGAUGACUGCGUGUGCUGGUGGCCCUCGCAGGGUGUACGAGAUCGGUGACAAGGGGGAGUCGUGGACGGAGGCCCUCGGGACACUCUCGCGUGUGUGGGGCAACAAACACAAGGGAAAUGUGAAACUCGUUAGAAGCGGGUUCAUCACAGCGACUGUUGGAGAUGAUGGUGUUGAUGAUAAAAAAGUGAUGCUCGUCACUCUGCCGGUGUAUUCAGAGAAGGACGGCAAAGAAAAGGGCAAACUUCAUCUUUGGCUGACGGACAAUACGCACGUUGUUGAUAUUGGGCCGGUAUCCGGUGAAGAUGAUGACGCUGCCGCCAGCUCCCUGUUGUACAACAGUGGUAAAACUGAUGAUAAUGAUGAGGAGUUGAUUGCACUGUACGAGAAGAAGAAGGGCAGUGAUGAAGGGAAACCAUCACCCGGUAUGGUCUCUGUGCUUUUGACAGAGCAGCUGAAGCGUGUGAAGGAGGUGCUGGCGACCUGGAAGGAUGUGGACGGCCGUGUCUCCAAACUGUGCACCUCAUUAAGUGCUCAGAAGGAGCGUGCCUCAACCGGCGAUGCCUGCAGUGCUGCUAAGAUCACGGCUGGGCUGGUUGGCUUUUUGUCCGGCAACCUCUCUGAGAACACAUGGAGGGACGAGUACCUCGGCGUGAACGCCACAGUAAAGAAUAAUGACGGGACAUCAGCGGCAGCAUUGGCCAGCACGAAAAAUGGCGUGAAGUUCACUGGGCGUGGCGCAGGGGCGGAGUGGCCUGUUGGCAGUCAAGGGGAGAAUCAGCUGUACCACUUCGCGAACUACAACUUCACUCUUGUGGCGACGGUGUCCAUCGACAAUGUGCCGAAGAGUGGCAGCGUCUCUUUGAUGGGUGCGAAGAUGAAUGGCGAUGAAAAUAAUGUACUGCUGGGACUGUCGUACAACAGCGAAAAGAAGUGGCAUGUACUGUGCUGUGACGGAAACCCUGAGGAGCUCAGCAGCGGCUGGGAGACAGGGACACAGUACCAGGUGGCCAUUGUGCUUCAGAACGGCACCCAGGGCUCCGUGUAUGUCGAUGGUCAGCGUGUGGGGAAUGGAGAAUGUGCAUUGGGCAAUGGUGAGUCGAAAGAGAUCUCCCACUUCUACAUUGGAGGGGAUGGAGAAAACAAAGAAAGUCGAGAAGAAGUGUCUGUGACUGUGACGAACGUCCUGCUGUACAACCGCCCGUUGGAUGAAGAUGAGAUUACUGCGUUUAACCCGAAUAAAGCCAAUAUUCCAGUUCAGUUGGACGGGUCUGUUGAGGGAGGCGCGAUUGAGACUUCUCCUGGUGGACGACCGGAGGAACCGAGACAGUCGUUGGAGAGCAGUGGUGUGAACGGUGUAUCCGCACCAACAGUGCCCAGUGCCAAGACUUCCUCAGGAGAAGAGGUGUCCGCAACCCAGUUGGUGUCAGAAGAAUCUUCUGAUGGAACUCAAACUGUGGAUGGCGGUUCUUUUUCUGAUGGCGAGCCAACGGUGGAGACAAGAGAAGGAGGAACGGAUGGGCAGAAGGAGGGGAUCCACGCACAGAACGGGGACGUAAAGGCUGCGGCCCUCAGCAGCAGCCUCGGAAAUGUGUCGCAGGGGAAUAACACCGAUGCCUGCACCAUGCAUGAGAACGGACUGCUGCCAUCGCUGCUUCUUCUGUUGGGACUGUGGGGGUUUGCGGCUCUGUGA